AUGAGCUUGAAAUUGACGAACCUACCGAAGAGCGCCACUGAGCGCGAGGUCAAGAAGGCGAUAGCCCUCGUCGUUCACGAUGAGGACUUCAUCGCCUCACUCCCGUCUCAUAUUCGCAAGAACGGCCCGCUAAUCAACUUCGCAGUCUCCCUCAAUCCUCCUGAUUCCGGGUCCUUCAACAAUAACGGAACCGGCCAGGCGGUCUUUCCUCACAACGACAUCGCCAGCAGUUUGCUUAGGCGUUCUCGUCGGGAGAAAGGACUCAAAAUGAAACUGGACGAAGGCGAGCCAUGGGAGAAGACGUGGAAGUUUUAUAUCGAAGGGUUUGACAGUAAAGUAAACCACUACCAGGCGGAGUCUUUGGCCAAGACUCCUUAUAUCGACCCCGAUGUCGAGGCAGAGCGGUCAGAUCUCGUUAGGCGCCUUUCCACCCGUCUUCGAGUCUCCGAAGUACAAAUCGGGGGAUGGGAAUACCAUGAUGCAGAAGAUCCUUGUUCUCAACGGAGGCUAAUCGACUACCUGGACCCGAGGCAUGAAGCCAUAGCCCCCUUUUGCCCCCAUCUGCGGAUCCUCUUGUUUCGCACGAAUAGUCAUGGUGACCAAUUCGCGGACUUUCGCCGCCUUGUCAAAGAGGCGAAAAUUGAAUCCCUCGUUUUCGACCUUGAAGCAUGCAAGCUCCAUCCGAUUAUCGAAGAGAUGCCGACAGUUCGCGGCCAACCAGCUCUUCUCAAUUCCUGGGCUCAGUUGGCGCGGAAGCUCAAGGAUAUGCCCUUCUCUAUUGGAUUUCAGAUCGAGGCGCUGGUGAGGGGCAACCAGCUCAGUUUUGAACAGGCGAUCGAGAUCAUUCCCGAUAUUCAGGAGCUGAACAAGGUCCACGAGAAGGUUGGAAGUAGGUUCGUCAUUCAGCUGGUCCGGAAGUUUAGCAAGACCAUGCGAACAGACUUCACUAAGCAAGGGAAGCCCCCGGCGGAUGUUUUCAAGGACCUCAAGAAGAAGUCUUUCAAGGCGCACCCGCCUCGACAGGACCAAGAUUCCAAGUUGUUCGAGUGUCACCACGUCACCUGCACCCCCUCUCGCUUCAUCCUCGUGGGGCCCAACCCGACUGGGUUCAACCGUAUCAUCAGGAAAUACCGCGACUACACGGAUCAUUUCAUUCGUGUCGAUUUCCGAGACGAGGAUGGCCAGUACUUCCGCUCUUCCUUCGAGGUUGACGCUUCGACGUUGGUGAAGACGAGAAUCGGAGGCGUCUUGAAAGGAGGCAUCACCAUCGCAGGACGCCAUUUCGAAUUCCUGGCCUACUCGAGUUCAUCCAUGAAAGUGCACAGCACUUGGUUCCUCAACCCGUUCGAGUUCAAGGAUCGAACGGGCCAGAGGAUUCGAGUUACUGCACAACGUAUUCGAGAGGAUAUCAUCCCGGAUAUACCGGCUAAUGUCCAACUGAUGAGGACGCCCUCCAAGUAUGCCGCGAGGAUUGCGCUUGCGUUCACGACUAGCGAGUCUGUCGACGGUGCUCGCCUCAAGCGUGAUGAAUGGGUUGGACCUUUCCCGGAUAUUUACCCGGCAGUCAGUCACGUCAAAGUCAGGCGAGAAGAGGAACAGGAAGAAGAAGGGGAAGGGGAGAGUGACACUGACGAAGAGGAGAGCGCAGACGAAUACGAUCCCCAAUUCAAGAUGGUCAAGCUCCCUCCAUUCACCGACGGUGUAGGGUCGAUCUCCAAGGAGCUGAACGAUAGGAUCUGGAAAGAGUAUUACGAGAAGAGAGGUCUCGAGGUGCACCCAAACUUCUAUCCUUCUGCAUGGAUGCUGCGGAUGCUCGGUUACAAAGGAGUCGUCGCUGUUGAUCCAGAGAUGGAAGGCCCCAUUCACCUCCGACUGCGCAAAAGCAUGCACAAAUUCGAAAGCCUGGAAGACGAUCUGUCUCAACACUCUGAAGUCCGAAUCGAAAUUGCUGAAAUCUACGACAAACCAGGUCUAUGUUACCUCAACAGGUUCUAUCUCCCUUUCUUCCCUCAUCUGCAUCGUUUGUUGAUUACUCCUGUGCUCUUCAGACCUCUCGUCAUGAUGUUUGACCUCCACGACCGGCCACUCGAGGUGUUUGAGGAGCUACAACGCAUGGCCGUGGCCGAUGCGAUGACAAUCGAUGCGAGCAUCGAUCAGUUCAGUCGCCUGAUGCAGAUGCAUGGCCUUGGAAAUCCUUUCAAGAUUACCUAUUUGCUUGAACACGUCGAGGCGCUUGGGCUCUCUCUGGAAGAACUCGACCAAGUCAGUCCUCUGUGGAAGGCACUGCGUGAUGUUGCCUUCAAGACUGUGAUGGCCGGUAUCCGCUACGAGGCUCGGAUUCCCGUACCCAAGUCCUGGGUUCUGGUAGGCGUCGCGGAUGAAGGACCGGCCUACAAGGGACAGCCUGGCUACGAGAAUGUAUAUUGUCUCCCAGAAAACUGCAUCUUUGUCUGCAUCCAGGAGGACCAAGAUUCGGAACCAGAGUGGCUGGAGGGCGAUUGCGUCGUAACUCGGAACCCUGUGGUUCGCCCAGGAGACAUCCAGAAGGUACGGGCAAUAGGAAAGCCCCCUCGUGGAGUGAAGUGCCUCUUUAGAGACCUGAAGAAUGUCGUUGUCUUUUCUUCCCAAGGCAGGAGAUCCCUCCCUUCUUGUCUAGCUGGUGGAGACCUGGAUGGGGACAAAUACGCUGUCAUCCAAUACGAAGGGCUGCUGACCGAGACCUAUCGUAGAGAAGCUGACCCAGAUGAAGCGAAAGAUUCCAAAUUCAAGGACAAGGCGCGUAAGGUGAAGCCGGAAGACAUCUGCGAUUUCUUCGUUCAAUAUGUCAAUCGUGACGUUCUGGAUCCAUUCAAUGAAAAGGGAUACAACCAGCAAGGGGACGACGAGUGCUCCAUCUUGGCGAAGCUGUGUUCUCAGGCUGUCGACUACCCCAAGAAAGGGAUUCCAAUAGACCUAGAUAACCCGGAAAUCAAAAGGAUCCUCCGUCCCAAGAUCACCCACAAGCCAGAUUGGGAUCGAGACGGUUCAUCCGACAUGGUGGAUACCAUCUACUACAAAUCCUCUCGAGUGCUGGGCCACCUCUACCGGUCUGAGCUGUUCAAAGACACGGACGACCCUGUCAAUGACGCCGCAACUGAUGGUCCAAGUCCUGUACCCUACUCCGACCGUCUCUCUCUAGCCAUCAAGGAAGCUGUUGAGGCUAUCUUCGGCCAGGGGUUCCUGCCAACUGUGCUCUCCCGCCUCAAUGACCGCGUCAAGGAGGCGUUCACUCACUAUGCCGAGGAACUCAAGUAUAUCCGGUACGCACAUAGCUUGUCCCUCCGACCCGACGCUCGCUUGUUAGAGGCCGAGGUGAUCUCUGGGACUGUCCUAGGACGUCGGGACCUCAAGAAACUGCGUAAAGAACGGAUCAGCAGGAUGAGGGACCACAUUGGGUCUGCGGCGAGCACGGUUCGUUUGGAACUGAUGGGUGGGCGUGAGGAUAACAGAAUGGAGACGCUGGAGCGGGCGUGGAAUGCGUGGGGCUACAGCCAGGAGAAAUUCAAGGAGGAGGGGGCGCAUAGCUUUGGAUUGGUUGCUUUGCGGGUUAUCUUUGAAUGCUUGCAGGCAUUAAAGGGCCAGUAUUCUCCGACGACUAAGAACUAAUAGCAGCUAAUAGCUAGGAAAUGUAGGAUUGGUAGUAUUCUCAAUGUUGACAUUUGCUCAAUGCCUCAC